AUGCAAACCCGCACAGUAUUCGUAGGGGGCACCGAGGCGGCACCUCAGCUGCUCGGCUCCGGAACGCUGGGUCGGUGGAACACGAAGAGGAGGGCCCAAGAGACAGAGGACGGCAGGGAGGACGGCAGAGUGGACAGCAGAGGGCAGCGAGGAGGACCGCAGAGGGAGGACGGCAGAGUAGACAGCAGAGCGGGCAGCGAGGAGGACGGCAGAGGGAGGACGGCAGAGUGGACAGCAGAGGGCAGCGAGGAGGACCGCAGAGGGAGGAUGGCAGAGUGGACAGCAGAGGGCAGCGAGGAGGACGGCAGAGGGACGACGGCAGAGUGGACAGCAGAGAGGGCAGCGAGGAGGACCGCAGAGGGAGGACGGCAGGGAGGACGGCAGAGUGGACAGCAGAGGGCAGCGAGGAGGACCGCAGAGGGAGGACGGCAGUGGACAGCAGAGGGCAGCGAGGAGGACGGCAGAGGGAGGACGGCAGAGUGGACAGCAGAGGGCAGCGAGGAGGACGGCAGAGUGGACAGCAGAGAGGGCAGCGAGGAGGACCGCAGAGGGAGGACGGCAGAGUGGACAGCAGAGGGCAGCGAGGAGGACGGCAGAGUGGACAGCAGAGGGGGCAGCGAGGAGGACGGCAGAGUGGACAGCAGAGAGGGCAGCGAGGAGGACCGCAGAGGGAGGACGGCAGAGUGGACAGCAGAGGGGGCAGCGAGGAGGACGGCAGAGGGAGGACGGCAGAGUGGACAGCAGAGGGCAGCGAGGAGGAUGGCAGAGGGAGGACGGCAGAGUGGACAGCAGAGGGCAGCGAGGAGGACGGCAGAGGGAGGACGGCAGAGUGGACAGCAGAGGGCAGCGAGGAGGACGGCAGAGUGGACAGCAGAGAGGGCAGCGAGGAGGACCGCAGAGGGAGGACGGCAGAGUGGACAGCAGGGAGGGCAGCGAGGAGGACCGCAGAGGGAGGAUGGCAGAGUGGACAGCAGAGAGGGCAGCGAGGAGGACGGCAGAGUGGACAGCAGGGAGGGCAGCGGAGGGGCCGCCCCGUCUGAGACCGUCGGAGCAGCGCAGGGCCCUGGCGUUGCCUCCUGCGGCACGGGAGCCCCGCUGGGCCCGGCUCGGGAACAUCCGACCUCGCGGGGUCAGGCGCAGAGAGCAGCGGGCGGACAGGGCUUCUGCGGGUCCGCGUGCCCAGCGGCCGCCGAGUGUCCGGCCGGGCCGGAGCGCGCCCGCCCGAGUUCGGUCCCCGCGUCCCUCGGGCCUCCCGAGCCUACCAGGCAGGAGCGAUCCCGGGCACAGCCGGGUGUGGAAGCAAAAGCAAAGAGGCGACACGGAGCAAAGACUCGGGCCCGGAACCAACCAGCCGCCCGCCCGCCUGCCCACCCGCCCACCCAGCCGCGCGCGGGUCGAGCCGAGGCCACCGGGGCAGCGGCGCGGCGCGGGCCGGCGGGAGGGGGCGUGGCCAGCCCGGGCGCGCGCCCGCCGAGUCUCGCGAGAGCCGGCCGGGGAGCGGCGCGCGUUGCCCGGACGACGGGGCGGGCCGCGCAGGCGCAGUGGCGCGGGCGCCGCGCCUUCCCCUUUAAGCGGCGGCCGGUGGCGGCGCCGCUUCAUGAAUGGAGCCACGUGACCAAACAUCAUGUGACCGCGCAAGGCCCGGCCCGCGUCGGCGGCGAGUCCCGCACCCCCGGGCCCGGAGUCCCCCGCGCGGCCCAGCCCCGCCGGCCCCGGAGCGCGCGCGGCCCCGCCCCGGCCCGGCCCCGGCCCCGGCCCCGGCCCGCCCGGGCCCCAGUGUGCUGGGUGAGUGCGCGGCCGGGCCGGGCCGGGCCGGGCGCGGGGCGGCGCGGGCGGCUGGGCCGGGGUCGGCGCUGGGCCGGCGGGCGGGCGGGCGGGCGGGCGGGGGGUCGGGGCCGGGCCCGGGCCGCCCGGCGGGACUGUGCUUCGACUGCGUCCCGCGGGGCCCGUGCCUCGACUUCCCCUCGCGCGCGGCGGCCCGGGAGCGGCGCGGGGCGGGGCGGGGGGCCGGCGGCCAGGGCGGGGUCUCGCGGGGCGCCCCGGCCGGCCCGGCUGCGGCUGCGGCUCCGCCCGGGCCCGGCCCGGUCCGCGGGGCUGGGGCGCCCGGUGCUCGCGUGCCGUCGCCCGCGGAGACUUGCUGAGUCAUCAGCAUGA